CCUACUGGGAGCACCACGAAUUGACCAAGUGAAGCUACAACUUUGCGGCAUAAAUUGCGGGGUGCGGGCCAUGUCGCUGACCAACACAAAGACGGGGUUUUCGGUCAAGGACAUCUUGGACCUGCCGGACACCAACGAUGAAGAGGGCUCGGUGGCCGAAGGGCCGGAGGAGGAGAACGAAGGCCCGGAGCCCGCCAAGAGGGCCGGGCCGCUGGGGCAGGGCGCCCUGGACACAGUGCAGACCCUGCCCCUGAAGAACCCCUUCUACGACAGCAGCGACAACCCGUACACGCGCUGGCUGGCCAGCACCGAGGGCCUUCAGUACUCGCUGCACGGGCUGGCGGCCGGCGCGGCGCCCCAAGACUCGAGUUCCAAGUCCCCGGAGCCAUCGGCCGACGAGUCACCGGACAAUGACAAGGAGACCCCAGGCGGCGGGGGGGACGCCGGCAAGAAGCGGAAGCGGCGGGUGCUGUUCUCCAAAGCGCAGACCUACGAGCUGGAGCGGCGCUUCCGGCAGCAGCGGUACCUGUCGGCGCCGGAGCGCGAGCACCUGGCCAGCCUUAUCCGCCUGACGCCCACGCAGGUGAAGAUCUGGUUCCAGAACCACCGCUACAAGAUGAAGCGCGCCCGGGCCGAGAAAGGUAUGGAGGUGACGCCCCUGCCCUCACCGCGCCGGGUGGCCGUGCCGGUUUUGGUCAGGGACGGCAAGCCCUGCCACGCGCUCAAAGCCCAGGACCUGGCAGCAGCCACCUUCCAGGCGGGCAUCCCCUUUUCGGCCUACAGCGCGCAGUCUCUGCAGCACAUGCAGUACAACGCCCAGUACAGCUCGGCCGGCGCCCCCCAGUACCCGACAGCACACCCCCUGGUCCAGGCCCAGCAGUGGACUUGGUGAGCGCCCGCCCCUCCCAGACUCGAGGCCCCAGGCCCAGGCCCCACCCCGGCAGCGGAGGCGCGGAGGACUCUCGGCCCGUGCGGUGGUUAUUAUAUUAUUAUAAUUAUUAUUAUGGAGUCGAGUUGACUCUCGGCUUCGUCGGAGAGGCGCCAAGAGUUGGCCUGCACCUCCUUGGAGAGGCAGUUCCACCCACUCAGCUCCGCCUCACCCCUCUCUCCGUUUGAACCAUUGGAGAUGGCUGAACCCUAAGCCGUGUUUACAGAAUGUUUGCGCAGCUUCGCUUCUCUGCUUCUCUCCGGGGACCUAAUGGUCCCAGUGUUAACGUCCUCACUCGAGAAGGAGAAAAAGAACCCCCCGCCUCGCGCCCUGCUUUUGUGAAUUUUGUAAAAUACGUUUGUGUGAGUAGCGGUAUUAUUGUCAGCGUCUUCUUCUAAAGCAAGUGGAAAACACUUUAAAAAUAGAGGAUUUUUUUUUCUUCUUUUUUUUUUUUAUAAGAAAAUGCUAAAUAUUUAUGGCCAUGUAAACGUUCUGACAACUGGUGGCAGAUUUCGCUUUUCGUUGUAAAUAUCAGUGGUGAUUGUUGCCAAAAUGACCUUCAGGAAGGGCCUGUACCCCUCCGGGCCCAACUCCUUUCUUUGUGAUUUGUUUUGGUUUGCUUAUGUUUGGUUACUCCUGCUUUCUUUUCUUUAUAUAUUUUUAAAUUUUGUUCAGUGCAAACAUUUCUCAAAUAUGACAAAAGGAAAAAAUAAUGUAGGCGAGCGAGAAGCCCCCCUGCCCCGUCGUCCGGGGCCUGAGCCCCGGAAUUUGGAGCUCAGCGGUUCCGUGCGGUUCCCCAAGAGCGCCGGGCGCUGAAAGCUUUCAAUUU